AGCUCGCGCACUGCCACACUGAUAGUCGAGAACAGCUGACUAUUUGGACGAGCCAGUACGAGCCGUCGGCUAAAGCCGGUAGGAUGGGGUCGGUGGCACCGCUGCUGCUGCUCUGGCUGGCCGCGUGGGUGGUGACCGAAGGCCGGCAGGGCUUCGGCGGAGGCGGCCAGGAGUACGGCUACGUGGAGGUCCGCCCCGGCGCGCACCUCUUCUACUGGCUGUACUACGCGCAGGGCGGCGACGCACCGGCCGGACGGCCCCUCGUCGUGUGGCUGGAGGGCGGCCCGGGGGCCUCGGCCACCUCCUACGGCAGCAUCGGCAAGCUGGGGCCGCUCGACCCCGCGGCGCAGCCCCGCAACACCUCCUGGGUCGACCACGUGAACCUCAUGUUCGUGACAGCCCCGUGGGGACGGGGUACAGCUACGUGGACCAGGCGUCCGCCCUGGCGCGCUCCAACCGCCAGACGGCCGACGACCUGGUGGAGAUGACGCGCCGCUUCCUGGAGCAGUACCCCCAUUUCCAGGGCGUCCCCUGGUACAUUUUCGGCGAGUCUUACGGCGGCAAGGUGGCUGCCGAGUUCGCACUGCGUCUCUGCGAGGAAAUAGAGGCCGGGCGUCUGUCCGCCAACUUUAAGGGGGUCGUCAUGGGCGACUCGUGGCUGUCCGGCGUGGCCCACGUCGACUCCUGGGCACCCUACCUGUUCCAAAUGGGUAUGGUCGACUCCCGCGACCGCGACCAGCUUGCCGAGGCGGCCGCCAGAGUGCGCGCGGCGGCGGAGGCGGCGCAGUGGCAAUACGCCACGACUCUGUGGUCCGCGGCGUGGCAGCUCAUGACCACCCUCACAGAGGGCGUCAACAUCUACGACGUGCUGGCGCCCAUCAAGUCCGAGGGCGGCAAGGGCGGCAAGCCCGUCGUGCCCUGCGGCUCCUUCGAGAUGAUGAACGGCGACGUGAAGCGCGCCCUGGCCGUCCCGGACGCCGUCACGCACCUCAACGACAACAGCGCCGUGUUCUCCGCGCAGUACGCCGAGUUCGUGCAGCCCGCCACCGGCACAGUCGAGCAGCUGCUGCGGAGGACCAACUUGAGCGUCACGGUGUACGCCGGCCAGCGCGACGUGUUCACCAAUAUACCAGGCACUAUGGCGUGGGUGGAAAGCCUCCGCUGGCCGCUGGCCGACACAUUUCGCGCCGCGCCCAAGACCCGGCUGUCCGUCGACGGCGAGGUGGCGGGCUCGGUGAAGCAGGCCGGCACGCUGACCGCGAUCCGGGUGUACCGCUCCGGCCACGUGAUCGCCCUCGACUAUCCGGCCGCCGCCCUGGCGAUUCUCCGACUUGUGACCCAGUGCGACGACCCGGCAGCCUAGUGCAGCGGUUCUCAAUCUUUCUCGGCUCGCGACCCCAAAUUUGUAGCCAAAAAUUUCCGCGACCCCCAGGAAAAGUUUCGCGACCCCACGGGACCCCUCCUUUAGCAUGCCACUGCGUCUG